AGAGAGACGAGAGAGGGGCAAUUUUGGAAUUAAGGAGGGAAUUUAUGACACGUGACUGUCACAUGGGCUUUUUAACGGCUAUAUCUGACGGCACACUCACGGAAGGGGCAAUUUGCACCAAUUUUUCAAAAUAAACGUUAUAUGCAUAUUUUGUAAUAAAAGGGUGUUAUAUGCAGAAUAAAUAAUUAGGGUGUUUUUUUGGCAGUUUACAUAAAUAUAUAUAUAUAUGUUUGUGGGUGGCAAAUUGGAAUGGCACGAAAACAGACCCCACAACAGUCUCGAGUCAACGAAAGCAGCCAGCCAGCCAGGCUUCGUCCCAGGUAAUUCAACGUUCAAAAUUCCAACCACUCUCACACUGCUUCAAAUCCUCUCUCUGUCCUACGCACCAUGACUCUCUCACUCCUCCACCCAAAUGACGCUCUCUCACUCCUCCACUUCUCUUUUCUCCUUCUCUACGAUCGUCGCCGCCGUCCUCGUCGUCUUCUCCGGUUACCUCACGCCGUCGUUUUGCAAUGACGUCACCUACUCCGAUUGUGACCCUACCUUCACCUGCGGUUCGAUCAGCAACAUUACCUAUCCAUUCACCGGCGGCGACCGACCCGACUCUUGCGGCCCACCUGGGUUCCGACUCACAUGCCGGGACAACCACACCGAGUUCACCACCAACUCGGUGACUUACCGAGUUCUUCAGAUAAACCAAACUGAAAAAACCAUAACCCUUGCCAGGUUAGACCUAUGGAACAACACUUGUCCCCCAAAAUUCAUUAACUCCACUCUCGAUUCUACUAUUUUCGACACCAAUUUGAGAAAUGAGGAUCUUACGCUGUUCUAUGGUUGUUCUCCUCCGACUAUAAGCGUUGAAGCUCACAAUCUGUUUAAUUGCAGUGUGAGUGGAUUAAUUUCUAGUGUUGCUAUUUACUUGAUUGGUCCGGUUCCAAGUGAUCCGAUAGUCCAGUUCAUUAGUUGCAAUGUUAGCAUCACGGUUCCAGUACUCAGGGAGGCCGGUGAGAGGCUCAUCGGCAAUCGGUCCACUUUGACUCUGAGGGAUGUUUUGAUGGAAGGUUUUAGCGUGAAUUAUAGUGACCCAUAUGAUAAUCAGUGCUCGGAAUGUACCCGACUUGGUGGGCGAUGCACAUUUGAUUCGAAUUCGGAACAACCUGUUUGUAUGUGCAGUAAUGGACAGUGCCCUGUAAAUAAAUCUCCUCCUAGUCCUAGUCUAAGAGCAGGGAGCAGUGGCAAGAAAAGUGAAAAUGUGACACUUCCAAUAGGCCUCGCCAUUGGAGGUACAGUCUUUAUUUGCGUUGGCCUAGUAUGGUUUUUCUUAUCCUGGAGACAAAAGAAAAAACAACGGCUUGCUGCAGCAUCUUUGCAAACUAAAAGCAAAGACCUUGAGGCUCCUCCUUCAAGUAAAGGCCUUACUACCACUCCUUCAACUAAUUUCUCCCAAAGCAUUCCUUCUUAUCCCUCCUCAAAGUCCGAUCUUGAAAAUGCAAGCACCUACUUUGGAGCUCAGGUCUUCACCUAUGCUGAACUCGAAGAAGCCACUGAAAAUUUUGAUGCUUCUAGAGAACUUGGAGAUGGUGGCUUUGGCACUGUGUACUAUGGCAAGCUCAAAGAUGGUCGCAUAGUUGCAGUUAAGCGUCUAUACGAGAACAAUUUCAAGCGUGUGGAGCAAUUUGUGAAUGAAGUUCGGAUCCUGACUACUUUACGGCAUGAGAACCUUGUGACACUACAUGGAUGCACAUCAAAACGAAGCCGAGAACUCCUCCUUGUUUAUGAGUAUAUCUCUAACGGAACGGUGGCCGAUCAUCUACAUGGAAAACGAUCAAAUUCUGGUUUGCUUUCUUGGCCUGUCCGAUUGAACAUUGCCAUAGAAACAGCUGAGGCUCUGGCUUACCUUCAUGCAUCGGAUGUCAUUCAUCGCGAUGUUAAAACCAACAACAUUCUCCUGGAGAAUGAUUUCCACGUAAAAGUGGCUGACUUUGGUCUGUCUCGCUUGUUUCCCAAUGAUGUAACCCAUGUGUCGACUGCUCCACAAGGGACGCCUGGCUACGUUGAUCCUGAGUACUACCAGUGCUAUCAACUAACCGAGAAGAGUGAUGUUUAUAGCUUUGGGGUUGUCUUGGUUGAGCUCAUCUCAUCAAAACAAGCCGUGGACACUAACAGGCAUCGGCAUGACAUUAAUUUGGCUAACAUGGCUGUCAACAAAAUCCAAAAUCAUACAUUGCAUGAGUUGGUCGAUCCAAGCAUUGGGUUUGAAACAGAUAGCACUGUGAGGAGGAUGGCUACAUUGGUGGCACAGUUAGCUUUCCGUUGUCUGCAACAGGAGAAGGACAUGAGGCCUUCAAUGGGAGAAGUGCUGGAGGCUUUGAAAGGAAUCAAGAAUGAAGAGUACAAUGCAGAGAAAGCAGAGAUAGUGGACAUUGUGGACAUUAUGGAGGAUGAUGUUGGGCUUCUGAAGGCUAACCCUCCCCCAUUUUCGCCGGAUUCACAUAAAUGGGUUAGCAGCUCUACUACACCUAAUUCUAGUGGUUGAAAUAUCCUUUUCAUUUUGCUUCAAGUAUUAAAAGUAGGUGAUAAUAGUAUUGUUAACACUCGUGAACUGAUGUUAAUGAGUGGGUUAGAAUUUCAUUUUCUUUGAUCUACUACCUCGCUUUGUUUUGUUGUUCAUAGAAAGAUAAAACUUGAGACAACGUCUAUAGAAGUGAGUUUGAGGAGGAAUGUAUAUAGUAAAUAUAGCUGUCAAGAACCUAAUAAUGUUUCAUAUUUUGGAUUUACAUAUACAUUGUCAUUUUGUA